AUGUUUUUCCUUGUGGUAACCAACGUUUUACUAUCGAUUAUAUUUGCCUCGAUAGUUUUUGGUUUAAAUUUCUACUUGCUCUGGUCGAUAUUUUACUCAAAAAGGAUUCCAUUCAAAUCUGAUUUGAUAUUAAUUUAUGUUAGAUUUGCGAUUGAUGUGGGAUAUAAUUUGUCUGUCGCAAUCAACAAAACAUAUUACCUGGCAGAUAUUGUUUCGAAAAUAUUUGUGUUCAAAAAUGUGACACUUUUCUUAUUGUGGCCGACGUUAAUAUGUGCAACCAUGCGAGUCACUCUUGUAUUCUUAAUCUCAUUCGACCGACUAAUGGCAUCAUUAUUUCCAAUUUCAUAUCAUAACCAUCGUUACAAAAUAAGCACCUACCAUAUUCUCCUCAUCGUUUUUUGUAGUGCAUUUUUUGAUCAGUAUAUAUUAUUUGGGUACUGCAAAAAUGUGAUUGAUGUUCCUCUGGAGUGUGAUAAUUUUCAAUGCAGUGUUAAUCAGUGUUACCAGGAUUAUUGGGUGAACCAUGAACAAGUUCUCUACUAUUUAAUUGGUUCGUCAUCUGUGAUCUUAUUUUUCAGACUGUUUGUCUGGAGUUAUUUUGCCAAAACACAGACCAGCCAACUAAUUUCGAGGGCUACUCAAAUCGCACUUCUCGACUCUAUAAUAAUAUUUGUAUUCAAUAUUCUUCCAUUGUUUGUUUAUGCAAAUUUCUCCUCAAUCAACUUCAAAACGGUCGGACCGUUGACGACGGUGUCAAAAAAUGCUGGGUCACUGAUUGAAUCAAUUAUCAUUUGUAGAAUCCUGCUUCGUGAAAAAGUGGUUACUGCUAUUGUUGUUCCUCCAAAUGUUUUAAUUUUUUGA